AUGUCGAACAUUGAACGAACUACGAGCAAGGCUGACUCCAUUGGAGUUGACCACAAGGAGACUAUCCUAGCUGUUGAGGUUGCGGAGGAGAGCAACACAAAUGUUUGGAAACUUCUUAGGAAGAAUGUUCGUGUGAUUAUCUUCACUUGGUUCGCCAAUUGCGUUGCGUUCCUUUUUGGAUACGAUGUUCUCGUUCAAGGAGCCAUCAAUGCCCUCCCUAUGUUCUCCAAGCAACGGUUUCUGCAGGAUCGAUUUGGUCGAAAGAUCAUGUUUGGAGUAGGAGGUGUCAUCUCGGCUGUUGGAACGGCGAUUACUUUUGUGUCCGGCAACCCUGAGACUGUCGAACAAAGACGCGGUGUUCUCUUGGUUGGAAAGUUCUUCAUCGGUCUGGCUAUGGGUGUCAGCAUGUCGACAUGCCAAACAUAUGUAUCUGAGAUUUCACCGCCCAAACUUCGAACUAUACUUCUCGGCUUUUACCCCUUUAUGAUCACUGUUGGCCAGAUGAUUGCCAUUAUGGUCGUGUUUAAGGAGGUCGCUACGAUGACACACUGGGCCUUCAAGAUCCCCUUCGCAUCUCAGUGGGCAUUCUCCGCCUACUCCGUCAUCGCAGCCCUAGUCGUCCCCAAAAGCCCAGUCUACCUCGCCGGCAAGAACAAGAUCGGCCAAGCUAGAAAGGCUCUGACUACUCUCGGCUGUGAUAAUAUUGACGAACGAAUCGCCAUCAUCUAA